UUACUUUAUAGUUUGUGGAGUUUAAUCAUUAACACGACUGUGGUGGGUGGAGGGGAAAAACGGUUUGUGUGUGUUGAGCCGUGGUCAGAUGGUCAGAGAGUGGCAACGAAGUAAACAGAGUACUCGGGAUUUCUUCGAGUGUAUUCGUGAAGUUACUGGGAUACUAUCGUCAAUACUCGUCUACAAAUAAUUUGCGGUAUCUCGUAUGGUCUCUUGGACAGCGUUACAACAAGGAAGUACUACAAGUGUACAAGUGCCACAGGAGUUUCUCAAAGUCGUUGGAGAUGGAAAUGAGGAAUGCUGGUGACAGAACGUCUGUGAGUAAACUGUUGGGAUUCAAAACUCAAGAGAAAUUGUCGUUUAUUGUUGGGGCUACACUCAUGUGGUUGUUAACGUUUUCUACAGACUGAGAACUUUUUUUUUAAACGUACAACUCGGUAAGAAUGGCGGCGGGAAAAGUUGCAGGACCAGAACUAGACAUUCACCGGCUGUAUAUGGCACAGAAGAACAAAAUGGAUUACUAUAUGACGGCAAGGCAAAAAGCUACGGACUCUUUGCAAACGGGUGGAGGGGCUACAACCGUUUGGAACCAGCACGUCCUACGAAACGUACCGACGAAACGAGCCGCUCUACAACAGGGGAUCAAUCGGCUGAACUCGUCUACAUUCGGGCGGCUUCGGCCGAGUCCGUUGGGUGGUACGAGAGCUCGCCCCCUCGGCACAUCUCGGAGCAUGUCAGCCAUGUCUCGAGGGAGAAGAUUUCACCAACUUCAAGAUUUCCUUCUUGGAGAAGACUUCUUCCAAGACGACGACGACUUGGCGCUGACUUGUAUGAAACUUCACGAAGUUGUGGUGGUCGGAACUGCGUCGAAAAUGAGUUACAGGGAAACAAAACCUGAGGAAAAGUUACAACAACAGCAAAACGUCGUGUCGACUACGUCGGUUUACCCCGUACAGUUACCGGCUAUAGAGGGGCAGAAGUCCCUGAUUGAACCAAUGGCACAAGAGUCGGUGGUUGCAACGAAACGUACUAGCAAGACUGGAAAACACCUCAGAAAUAAACUUGCGCGCAGGCAAGCGCCAAAAACUUCUUCUCGUGCUUGGGAGCAACCGAGGCCUAAAUCGUGCAACGAGACUGAGUCCUCUGAUUUAGACUUAGACUCGAACGCCACACCACACGAAUGCCAACCGCAAACGAUUGAAGGAAUAACAGACCCCCGGCCUAAAAGUGUUUCAGGACUUAAACCGGUAAAAGGAGUCCACUCCCCUAACCAGCAAUGUACAGACGACGCUUCUACGGAACUUCUCACCGCUAGCAAGUCCCACUCCCUACGGAGUACAAAUCGCAUCACACCGCCCGUGUUAAAACUCAGUCCGCUGACAUACUUCGAAGUGGACCGUAACAAUCUCUGUAUAUCCGAUACUCUUACUACCACUACGCAGAGCUCACCGCGGCCACUGUCACUACCUAACCGGGCGAGGAGGGCAUCAGAGCCGGCAAUAUCGGUCGUGGCUCCGCCGGAGAAGAGAACGGAUUCCCCGCCGAGAAAGUCCAUCAUACGGUCGAAGAGUACAGACGGGACGUCCUGUGACAGUUCUUCGGAGAGCGAAGGGGGUAGGCCCGAGACCAAGAGGUGCGCUAGGACGGUUAGGUUCAUGGGGAUGGAAGUGAAGAUAUAUGCACCCGACGCACCCGUUAUUGAAAUUAGUCAUAAGGGGUAGGUCACUUUAAUAUGCAAAAUCCCACUGGCUUUAUCUUAAACAGUUGAUAUUUUUAUUGGGAUAUUUGGUAGCAUUUUAGCUACCACCGACAAAGUCAACCAUAUUUUAUGGAACGGCUGCCGGUUUGCGCAAAUAGUGCGUUUUGUGCAAGUAAAUUAUUGUUAAAAAGGAGCACCGACUAUACAGUAUUUAAUUGGUGUACAAUAAUUAUUUGUCCUUUAGUUUGAUAUAUAGCUUGAUUGCCCUAAUUCUGUAAUUGACACUGUUGCAAUCUAAAAAAUCUAUUCAGACAUUAUGAAUGUCUCAAAUUGCAUUGUUGUAUAUAACGCUAGUUCACCUUUAUUCGAGGGUAGCCUAUAUUCGUAUUCAAAUGUAGUACGGUGGUUUCAAAUAAUUCAAUAUUUUCAAAGAAUUUGAAACCAUUGUCCGCUAACUUGAUGUCACUGAAUAUUGUUUUAUCGUAUAUAACGGAUAAAGGUCAACCCACGGAUAAAAGUGACCUAGCAUUGCAUAAUGAGUCUCAAUGACCCAGCAAAAAUGAUGUGGAAAUGUAACAAAAAAGCAAAUUCAAUGUUUUCAUGUGAAAAGGACAUAUAAAUGUAAGAUAGACUUUUACGAUUCCAUUUGAUGUGCAUUGUAGUCAGAUUCUUAGUUACAACUUUGAAACUGUUUAAAGGGGGGGGAGUGAAAUGCGUAGCAGCUCACUGAAGGUGGUAUCUCACUGCACUUGGGGCACAGGUGCGGCACUGCGGAGUUCG